GAACAAAACACAUAUACAAAAACAAACAAUUGCUCUCUUAUUAUUCUACUGAAACAUGCCAACCAUUCAGAGUUUUAUCAAACACUAUUCUUUUUCUUCUUCACUUCUCCCAAAAACACUCGUUCUGCUUCUUCUUUUAACUUUUAACUCUAUAUUUGUUCCUGUACACUCACGUUCACCUUUUGCAUGCGACCCUCGAAAUGGGGUGACCAAGAGUCUGAGGUUCUGCCGGGCGUUUUUGCCCAUUCACGUGAGAGUGAGGGACUUGAUUGGACGGCUGACACUGCAGGAGAAAGUCCGGCUACUUGUGAACAAUGCAGCGGCUGUGCCCAGGCUUGGAAUUCAAGGAUACGAGUGGUGGUCCGAGGCUCUUCAUGGCGUGUCAAAUGUGGGUCCUGGAACUAAGUUCGGUGGGGCCUUUCCGGGAGCUACUAGCUUCCCUCAAGUCAUCACCACCGCCGCUUCUUUCAAUCAGUCACUGUGGGAGGAAAUCGGACGGGUGGUGUCUGAUGAAGCAAGAGCAAUGUACAAUGGAGGAAUGGCUGGUUUGACAUUUUGGAGUCCAAAUGUGAACAUAUUUCGGGACCCCAGAUGGGGAAGGGGCCAAGAGACUCCCGGUGAGGAUCCUGUUGUAGCUGGAAAAUAUGCUGCCAGUUAUGUGAAGGGACUGCAAGGCAUCUUUAAAAGAAACAGGCUUAAAGUUGCUGCAUGUUGUAAACAUUACACAGCCUAUGAUCUUGAUAACUGGAAGGGCGUUGAUCGCUUCCACUUUAAUGCUAGGGUAAGCAAGCAGGAUUUAGAAGACACUUAUAAUGUGCCAUUCAAGUCAUGCGUUAUAGAAGGGAAAGUUGCCGGUGUUAUGUGUUCUUAUAAUCAAGUCAACGGAAAACCCACUUGUGCUGAUCCUGAUCUUCUCAAGAACACAAUUCGCGGCCAAUGGAGGCUUAGUGGAUACAUCGUCUCAGAUUGUGACUCUGUUGGAGUCCUAUAUGAUAAUCAGCACUAUACCGACACACCAGAGGAAGCAGCUGCGGAUACCAUCAAGGCAGGCUUAGAUUUGGACUGCGGGCCUUUCCUGGCAGUCCACACAGAGGGGGCCGUGAGGACAGGAUUGCUAAAAGAGGACGAUGUAAACCUGGCUUUAGCCAAUACAAUAACGGUCCAAAUGAGGCUGGGCAUGUUUGAUGGUGAGCCGUCGGCCCAACCAUUUGGAAAGCUGGGCCCAAGAGAUGUUUGCACCGAGGCUCACAAACACCUCGCUCUCGAGGCCGCGAGACAGGGCAUUGUUUUGUUGAAGAACUCAGGGCCUUCUUUACCACUUUCUACUAAGCGUCAUCAUACUGUAGCAGUUAUAGGGCCCAAUUCCGAUGCUACUGUAACAAUGAUUGGUAACUAUGCAGGUGUUGCUUGUGGUUACGUUAGUCCUGUACAAGGGAUUUCAAGAUAUGCGAAGACCAUUCACCAGGAAGGUUGCUCAGGCGUUGCUUGCAAGGGGAACCAACAAUUUGGAGCAGCGGAGGCAGCAGCCCGCCAGGCCGAUGCAACGGUCUUGGUGAUGGGCCUGGACCAAUCCAUAGAAGCAGAAUUUAAGGACAGAACUGGAUUGCUAUUGCCAGGACUGCAACAAGAGCUUGUAGCCAGAGUGUCGAAGGCCUCAAGAGGUCCGACUGUGUUGGUAUUGAUGAGCGGCGGUCCCAUUGAUGUCACAUUUGCUAAAAAUGACCCUCGUGUUAGUGCCAUUUUGUGGGUCGGUUAUCCUGGACAAGCUGGUGGUGCUGCCAUUGCUGAUGUUCUGUUUGGAACAACUAAUCCAGGAGGAAAACUGCCAAUGACAUGGUAUCCAGAGGACUAUUUAGCCAAGGUCCCAAUGACAAAUAUGGGCAUGAGAGCUGACCCAUCAGGAGGCUAUCCUGGAAGGACUUAUCGAUUCUAUAAGGGCAAUGUUGUUUACCCAUUUGGUCAUGGAUUGAGCUAUACUACAUUUGCGCACAAUUUAGCCACAGCCCCAGAAGAAGUGUCAAUUUCUCUUGCAACAAGUUUCAAUGCCAUCAAGAACUCCAGUUUAUCAAGCAAUGCCAUUAGGGUCACACAUACAAAUUGCAAUAAACUCUCGUUAGGUUUCCAUGUUGAUGUUAAAAACACUGGCUCCUUGGAUGGGACACAUACUCUUCUUGUCUUCUCAGAGCCACCAGCCGGAAAAUGGUCUGCAAGUAAGCAACUAAUAGGCUUUGAGAAAGUCCACAUUGUUGCUGGGUCGCAACAAAGAGUUAAGGUUAAUGUUGAUGUGUGCAAGCACCUAAGUCUUGUUGAUCAAUUCGGAAUUCGAAGAAUUCCAAUGGGUGAACAUAACAUUCACAUUGGAGAUAUCAAGCAUUCAAUUUCACUUCAAGCAACUUUGGAGGAGAUCAAAUCUUAGUAAUUUUAUAAAUUUGAUAGGAAAAGCUCCCGUCAAAUGAUAUCAUAGAUAUAUGGUCUAGUUGGUCGUCUUUCGACACUGCAAAAGCAAGAGGAAAAAAGAGACAAAACACUAGCACUAUUUUAAGAUAAUAAUAGCAUUAAAUGUUAUAAGGAUUUUUUUAUACUCCAAGGUAUUGAAUUUCAAUAUAUUUUCUUUGUUUCAA